UUUUAUUUUUAUUACUUUAUCGGAAAGUGAAGCUGUGAGUUGUUUUACAUUGAAAAUCCCUUAUUGCACACGGUUACAAUACUGAUUAAGCAUGUUCUCGGUCGACUUGCGCGACCGUGCCGAAGGGGACAUUAGUAUCGGGCGGAGAUCAAUGAUGCCAAAACCCUCGAACGCUACUAGCACCAACGGCGAAGUAAUCGAUCUGGUCAGCGACACUGAGGACGAAGUGGUACAUAAAAAGGACCGAGAUAUAAAUGAUAACACUGGCUGCGCUAAGGGCGGCAUCGAGAAACGAGCAUCACUGUUCGAGCGACGAUGCUAUCAAAGUCCAGCCCGCUCCAUUGCCACCUCAACUACCGAUUCGCCAGCAUCGGAAGGAAGAUUAUCCGUGUAUAGGCGGAAGUCCAUCCACAUGUCACCCGAGCGGGCACCAAUGAUGUGGCCCACGGCCACUUUUCGAUCUCCAGCAAGCCAAGGCGAGUCUAGUACAAGCAGCCCAAGAACAUCUUCAGCCAGUGGGAUUAUAGUCAAUCGCUCAUACAACAAAACACCGACAACACCUAGCACAUCCAGUAGUGAGCGUUUGAAGCUUGACUCAGUCCGAUUAAGGGUUCCCGUCAUUCGUUUGGAAGAUAUUCGUGAUCGCUUUUCGCUGUCCGAUAAUGGGUUACUAUCGGAAGAUAGCCUCCAAAACGACCGAGCCGGACCGAGUAUGAUAACCACAGGUCGUACUUUUACCCCACGGCCAAAUUUUCUGAGACGAUCGUUUCAUAAGCUACCUACAUCUCCUAGCAAAAUACUUACGAUCGAUCUGGAACCGGAUUCAUCGCCCUCGAAAAUAACGAGCACUUUCUCCGAUUGUGAAGAGUGUGAUAUUGUUCUAGAUACGACAUGCACCAAACGUGAUGAAGUGUUGAAAACAUCAACAACCAUCGACCUAAUCGAACAGCAGCCUACUGAGGAGCAGAUGGAUGUUGUUGAUGUCGACAAAACCGUUCCCGAUACUGAUUCCGUAGAGAACUUAUCUUCCUCCUCCUCGUCCAGCAAUAUGAAAGUAGUAUACGUGGGCAAGCUUGAUGCGACGCAGAAAAUACCGGCCGUGGCAAGUUUGCCUGAUGAAACGUCCGAUGCCAAGAAGGACAACGCAAGCGACGAAGUCAGUUCGAUGGACAACUCGUACGGUGAUGUGUCCAGCUUCGGUUGCUUGAAACAUACAUCUAACUUUAGUAGUGUUGGCCGUCGGCAGAAUGUCCGGAUAGGUGCGGACGAGCAAAAGCCGCUAAACGAGUUCGAUCUGUUGCUGUUGAAGAUCAACCAAACGAUGCCACCAAUGUCGCAACAGGACCGCAUUGAUCAGUGGCGCGUGACGGCCGACGAUUUGCUGCACUCGAUCCCAACGAAGGCCGCCAUCGAAACGACCAGCUCAACGUGCGCCAAGCGCCCCCUACACGACACCGUGCGCAUCUCUAGCGAUGACGAUUCGGACAAUCUGGAGGCAGACGCGGGUCCAUGUGAAAAAGGAGUACGAAAAAAGCGCCGUACGAUCGAAGAGGGUGCUGCGACGGAAGCGCAAGGUGACGGUGCCAGUUGUUUGGAUUUUCGGAAAAGUCAGAUAAAUCCUGAAAUUGAUAAGCCUCCUCGGGCACUAGAGGCGUUGGACGGCACGAGUAUGAUUCUGUUGCGGAAAAAUUACCAUAAACUCCCUACGCGCUGCCGAGAACUGACUGACUGGUCCGUUCCCUCCGACCACCGUGAAUCUUCCGACAGCGGACUGUCGUUGGCUGGUGCAGAGAUGCCGGGCGUAAAACCGUACGCGCACCUUCUUAACCGUAGCAACGACGAGCGUGACAAGUUUCUGAACUAUCUCAAGAUCAGUCCAUACUUUCGAACGGAUGAAAAGGCGCUCGUUUGUCCGAGUCGAACGUUUGGAGACCACGCUUCGGACGCCAUUGACAACAAGCAGCUGGACGUGUCUGCUCACUCAAAUUCAAACCGCCUUAAACCCUUCCGAGCGAAUCGAACAAAGAAAAGCGGAAAGGAGAAGCGCAAGAAACCACCGAAGAACAAAGCGCAUCCGUCAGUGAUUGCUAGUACCGGUCUACGGGGUGCCCGGCGGCUCGUUCUCGCUAGUUCGCUGCGCAACGGUAAGGUGAUACGAUACAGGAACAAUAUUCUAAGCACACUCGCGAAGCCCAAACCUAGGACAGCAAGCACGUCACAUGGUCGAAAGGUGGACGGAUCGGAACAAACUCCGAUGCAGGGUAAGGAAAAGAAGCCUCAUUUGGCCACAACCGUACGAUCCAUGUCGGUCUCGGACGACAUUUUGCUGAAGUGCGAUGAGCGUCAACGGCGUAUGUUACGACGCAGCGCAUCGGCAGCGAUCCCCUCGAUACCAUCGUCCGAUGUCGACAAUAAAUCCGGCAAGGGGCGCUGCUCGGUGGACAGUGCCGUCAGCAGUUCGACCAGUGCAGAGAUGCGGCAACCGAACCACGUCGGUACGCAAUCGAAGGAAUGUCAAACGGUGGAUGUGAUGAUCGGUCGGAAGGAGUCACUUCUCCCGCCAGCGGCCGUGAACGAGGGAAAACGUUUGCGCAAUCCGCUGGUACGCACCGAUGGAGAAAUACUUCACGUCUUCCUUAUCGACGAGCUGCUGAUCGCGGUGCAAAAGGAGCGCAUCAGCUUCUGGAAGUACUCACGGUUAAGCGUGCUGUUGGGCGUGAAACAAGAUUGGCAGCGAGUAGGACAAAUUCAACGCUUGACUCGUGACACCGAGGUGGACCCCCACAACGCUAACCGGAUCGUCUACAACCAUUCCGAUCCCGUCUACCUAGAACCGAGGGCAAGGGAUUUGGCCGACGAUAAAUCGCGUGCCUGCCCGCUUGCUUCGAUUUAUGUGAACGCAUAUUUUCUUGACAUGCCCGGCACGAUACCGACGAAGGUUUACGUAAACGUCGAUGCUGGCACGGGGGCCGAUUCUACUGAACCCGAUGAGGUCGAGUGUGCUGAAGGCAUAGAAGAGCUCGUGCGCAUGAAAUCAUACCAGCUUGAUACGGUUAAAAGUGCACUCGAAGACAUCCGGCUAGUACCACUGCCGAAGACACGUGAUUUUAUUGUGUGUUGGCAUGAGCACGCCACCGACAUGGAAUCGCGCACCGGUUUGUGUAAAUACAGUCUGACGCAGGAUCUUGAUUCGUUGGGCUGCAUUCGUGAGUUUGUCGGUGUUAAGCAGCGUCUAACUAGCCUCCGGUGCAUGAACGACCGGAAACUGCUUGGUCUGGGACAGUCGACGGUGCACAUUUGGUGCUUCGAAAGUGGGUACCUUCUGCGUACAGUCGAUCUGAAGAUACCGAUUGGGCUGGUCAUGGGCGCAUAUUUGCACAUUGAAGCGAACGAAAGCACCCUCAUUAUGCUACAGCUGCAGCACGCACCGGAACCGGCUGGCAAUCAUCGCAAACUGGUCAAGGUGGUAGCGGUCAAUCUGGCAAAACCGUCGUGGUACAUCGCUCACGGUUAUGAAAUUGCUCUAGCAUCGAUGAGUAUUAUCAGUUCGAGUCCGGUGUCAAAUCUGGAUGAGGAUAACUGCACCCCGCGGCUCUGCGUAACGUUCGACAGUGGUGAGCUCUUGUUGGUGAGCCUAACCGAUCCUUCCGCUUGCUGGACGAACCAUCAGCGAUUAGAGAAGGAACUGCAGCGAGUGGAUCCCGGUGCAAUGAACAUUUGCAACCGGCUACGAAGUAACGGCAGCAACGAAUUGUACCGACCCCGAGAACGCAUACUGAACGGGUCGAACUGGAACGGCGGCCGUGAUCUGGUUUUUCUCAGUGACCAACAAUUGACCACUAAAACGAUCGAUGAGUACAUAAUGGAGCGCACUAAAGAUAGGGGGUAGACAAGGGGGACAUCAUUCCUUUACUUCAUUUUCAAUUGAUCAAAGAAGAUAGUGCAGUGUUGCACAUAAUUUGGAUUGUCCGUUGAACUAUAAAGGAGAAAUCAUUUUUCAUAUCAUCUUUACGUUUUUAUCCAUUUUGAGCAAAUUUUCGUUCAUCAAUCCUUCGCCUAGAAUGUUCCUUUCUCUCACUUCUUUUUCGUAAACGGGUGAUAACAGUUUAAAAUAGGAAAUCGCUCACAUAGUAUUUAUUUUCCUGUUCAUUCUGCUUUAGGCAUUCGUGCAUUCGUUGUGCUUUAAGUGUGACAUAGAAUUUCACUCGCAUCGUGUGAUGUAGGGGUACCAUGGCCCCAAAAUGGCAUUAGAAAUGACCGUGCCAUUUUGCAACGCUGCAUGAGAACCGAAAAUUGGCUUAAACUGAUUAAUGUAAAAAGUGUAACAUAGCUUUUGGGAUAGCAUCUCUGACCUUCCUGUUUGUCAAAACUUCAUCUGGCUUGGCAGCAAACAGGCAAGAAAAAAAAGAUCAGCACUGUUAAGACCUGAUACUGGUUCCCUUCUUCUAGCAAAAAAUAAUAAAGAUGUAUUUUAAGAUCUCA